AUGGCGUCUGUAGCGCCUGCGUUCGGCGAUGUCUCCCAGACUCACCCCUACACGUGUAACUCGUGCGCAGUUGCCUUCCGUAACAGCGAUGCCCAACGAACUCAUAUGAGGAGCGACUGGCAUAGAUACAACCUCAAGAGAAGAUUAGCAGAACUGCCGGCCGUCUCUUCGGAAGAUUACAACGAGAAGGUGCUCGCUGCACAGGCAAGCAAUAACGCAGCAGCCGCUCAAGCAGCCUUUGCAAAAGUAUGCACACAGUGCCAGAAGACGUACUACAGUGAAAAUGCUUUCCAAAAUCACCUUGCGAGCAAAGCCCACCGAAUGAAGGGCUCAAUAGCCAGCGGCAAAAUCUCAAGAGAGAGGACCAAUGCUUCAGACAGCGCUGUAUCGAAAGUGGUAUCCUCAGAGGACUCGGAAAUCCGAGAUCCCGAAGCAGAGGCAGAAUUCGAACAGGUGGUGGCGGGUAUGAAGGACACAUCCAUUCAAGAUCUACCGGCCAUCGCACGAAGGCCGUCUGCUCCCGGUCCUGAUGCUGACCCACGAGAGGACCAUCCCAUGUCACCAGAGAAGCCCGAGGUCUCUUCUAUUCCUUUAUCUCGGUGCUUAUUUUGCAACUAUGACUCCCCCAACCUCAAGCUCAGUGUCCUUCAUAUGACCAAGAUCCAUAGCUUGUUCAUUCCUGAGCAGCAUUACUUGGUUGAUCCCGAAGGCCUCGUGCGUUACAUGCAAGCAAAGGUCUAUCAGAACUAUGAGUGCCUAUACUGCCAUCGGCUUAGGGGAAACGCGGAUGGUGCUCAGACGCAUAUGAGAGACAAGGGCCAUUGCAAGAUCGCCUUCGAGACCGAAGAGGAAAUGAUCGAAGUAGGUCAAUUCUAUGAUUUCUCAAGCACAUACUCGGAUGACGGCGUGGAUGAUUCCGAUACGGAGAUGGACGCCUCGAAACCUACACAAAAUGGCGGAGUCAAGUUGGCAAACGGUGAGAACCACGAGGAAGAUGGCUGGGAGACAGACUCAUCCUUCUCAUCACUUGAUACUGAUGAGCUUGUCUCUGUACCGAAUGAUGACCGAACAUCAUCCUACCAACGCCUCCCUCUGCAUCGACAUCACUCAAAUGCAGACCCGCGGCCUCACAGGAAUGUGGAUGGCUUCCAUUCUCAUGCACAUCAUCAUAACAAUGCAGUCUUCUACGACGAAUACGAAAUGCAUCUCCCUAGCGGGAGAGUGGCCGGUCACAGAAACCUGCGAAAGUACUAUAAACAGAACCUACACUCUUACCCCACCGCCGCCGAACGUAUGGAGCGAGCACAACGCUUGAUUGAAGAAGGUAGCUCGGAUGCAGACAUGGAAGAUAUCGGAGAUCUUCCAGCUACGCCACCUCGAAACAGCCUGAUACGCAGAGGGGAAGCUGGCAUGCUUGGUGCGACGAGUCAACAACGCCGGGAUGUUCGAUCCCAGGAGAUUCGAUCAAGACAGAAAGAGCAGCGUUCUCAGAACAGGUACCAGGCUAAGCUGGAGAAGGCCAACAAUCAUCAGAAACACUUCAGGGAUCCUCUAUUGCAGUAA